AUGUCGAGUAAGCGGAAAACGAAACGUCAAAAAGUUUCUGAUGAAACAGAAGAUUUUGAAUUUGAGGAACAUUACGAACACGUUAAUCUCGUUGUUAUUCCAAACUCAUAUGAUUCUGGAGAAUCUGAUUCUGAGUCGGAUUCCGAAAAUGAUGCUACCGCUGAAGAGUUUUUUAAUUCAAUUUGUAAUGAAUGGGAUGAUAUCCCGCAGAAUUCAUACCAAACAAUCCGUGGUAAUUAUACACCAAAUCAGCAAAAGUUAGAGCCAGAUCAUAUUUUUGAAUGGGUAGAUGGUGAAAUGAAAUAUAAUCCUAAACAUGAAAAUGAAACACUUCUAUCUGAUAGCAAUAAAAAUAAAAUUCAGUCUUUCUCUUCAACUGAAGUAUUUGAAUUAUUCUUUUCGAAUGAACUGAAAGAAUAUAUAUUAGAAGCUACAAAAAUGAAUGAUUGUGACAUUACAAUGAAUGAAUUAGACUCUGUUAUGGGAAUAAUUAUUUUGUCAAUUUUUAAUCAAAGAAAAUCUCAAAGGGAUUAUUGGUCUCAAAGUGAACUUUUGGGUUGUCCUGUUAUAGCUGGAGCUAUGAGUCGUGCCAGAUUUGAUUAUAUCAAGUCAAAGCUAAAGUUAUCAAAGCCUGAAGAUAAAAACUCUGAUGACCGAGCUUGGAAAGUGAGAGGUCCUUUGGAAAUCUUUAAGAAAAACGUACAACAAUUUGGCUAUUUUUCUACUGCUUUGUCAAUUGACGAAAUGAUGGUGAAAUUUCGUGGAAGAACUAUCUUGAGACAGUUCAUGAGAAAUAAGCCUGUUCGCUUUGGAAUCAAAAUGUGGGCACUUUGUAUUUCUGAAGGAUACUUGUUUAAUUGUGAUGUUUACUGUGGCAAGAAUUCCAAAAGCUAUUUCUUCGGUAAGGAAGGAAUAUUAAACAAAUGUGCCUUAGGAAGUUGCGUUGUUGUUGGACUUCUUCAAAACUUACUUUCUUCAGUUGUACCCAGGAAUAUACUGAAAUAUCACUUGUAUUUUGACAACUUUUUUACCAGUCCUGAUUUACUGGUUCAUUUGAAGAAAGUUGGCGUACGAGCAACAGGGACAGUCCGAGUUAACAGAAUGCAAGUGACAAACGCGGUCAGUGAUAAAGAUUCAAGAGGCACUUUUAUUGCCAAGCAUGAUCAAAUCAGUGGUAUUAAUUAUGUCACAGUAAAAGAUUCGAAACCAGUCUCUAUUCUUUCAACUGUCGCAGGAGUUACACCAAUGUCUUCAGUCAAAAGAUAUUCUUCGGAAAAAAAAGUAAGGUGGAUAUUGCAUUUCCAAGAGCUAUUACGGUUUAUAAUAAGUUUAUGGGCGGCGUUGAUUUGCACGACGGACAUUGCAGCAAUUUAA